AGCUCCCAGUCCUUAACAAGUAGUUUCUAGCAUGGGGUUAAUAAUCUGCAUUCGACUGCUUUUAAUUGGAGAAGCAGAGAUCGCUACAUUGUAACAACAGGAAAACUAAAACGAAAACGAGUUGUGUUUAACACAGAGAACAGACGAUACAUUGAAUCAAGUGCUUUAUAUCGAAGAGAGGACGUCCAACGAAGCUGGAAAAGAAAAAAAAACUAACAAAAGAAAACAGAGGCGAAGAAACAUCCCAGCGAGCUUUAACAACAAAUACAAAAUAAUCGCUUUCUGAAAUGUUUGCACAUCGUUAGAAUAUAACUACAAUAGUGAAAACAAUGGAUGUAACAAUUCACCUGGCAAUGUUUGGGCACGGUUCAAUGUAAUAAGGAUGGCAAGUGGAGGCAAGUCUGAGGCUGGCCCUGGUGGCUGAUUCAGGCUGACAAGGAAAUGCACCUCUCCCGGGUUGGAAUCAGCAAGCUCUGCUUCCUGCUGUCCCUGGUCUUCUGUGCCUUCCUGCUCCUCCUGAUCCCGGGCCUCCAACCUCCACGGAGGCAGGGUGACCUCCCCCAGCCUCUGCCUCAAGGCAAGACGGGGUGGGUGCAAGGAGGCAGCGUCAACCAGCAGCCUCUCAAACCCAACGUCCUCCAGCUCAUCAGGGCUGCAGCUCCAGGUCCUGAUACCGAGGGGGGUUUGGAUAUGAAGGAAUGGCCUGUAGGCCUACUACAAACUGUUGACAAGAGAAGCGAAAGAGCUGAAGUCCUGGGCAGGAACCUGUCUGCCUACGACCCUGAUAAAAGAGACUCGUCGGCUUAUUCGAGAAGCACCAGUCGCCAAGGCUUGCCUGUGAAGGAACCCUUGAAGCAAGAAGACAUAUUUAUUGCUGUGAAAACAACAAGGAAAUACCACAAAUCUAGGCUGGAUCUGCUGUUUCAGACCUGGAUAUCCAGAGCGAAAAAAGAAACUUUUAUUUUCACCGAUGGGGAAGAUAAGGAGCUAAGAGAAAAAGCAGGAAAUCAAAUGAUUAAUACCAACUGCUCCGCUGCACACACCCGGCAGGCACUUUGCUGUAAAAUGUCUGUGGAAUAUGACAAGUUCAUUGAAUCAGGAAAAAAGUGGUUCUGUCACGUGGAUGAUGAUAACUACGUGAACCUGGCCAGUCUGAUGCGCUUGCUGUCCUCGUACUCCCACACUCAAGACGUGUAUCUGGGCCGCCCCAGCCUGGAUCACCCCAUAGAGGCUGCCGAGAGAGUCAAGAGCGACGGAUCGAUCUCUGUCAAGUUCUGGUUCGCCACUGGGGGAGCUGGUUUCUGUAUCAGCCGGGGGCUGGCACUCAAGAUGAGUCCUUGGGCCAGUCUGGGUAACUUCAUCAGCACUGCAGAGAAGAUCCGUCUCCCUGACGACUGCACCAUCGGCUACAUCAUCGAGGCCCUGCUGGAAGUGAAAAUGAUCCACAGCCGGCUGUUCCACUCCCACCUGGAGAACCUGCAGAGACUGCCUAUCGACACGGUGCUGAGCCAGGUGACAUUGAGCUACGGUGGAUUUGAAAGCCACAGGAAUGUCAUCAGCGUGGGUGGGGCUUUCUCACUGGUGGAGGAUCCCUCACGGUUCAAGACUGUCCAUUGCCUUCUCUACUCUGAUACUAACUGGUGUAGCAGUAAGAGAAGACCAUGACUUGUCUACCUUCACCUCUGGGCUAUUGCAAUCCCUGAACAGAAGCUGCAAAACUGCACCAUUUUUUUUUUAUCUUUUAAAGAAAACCAAAUUAAACUGACAAGAGAUCGUCAAAGUCAGUAGGAGACUAAGUGCACACAAGGAGGGUUCCUUAUGGUGUCACUCAGGACUAAUGAAGGAGACAGAAAUCUAGGGCUGUUUUGAUGAAAAUCUAGUGUUGUUCAUUCAAUUGCAUUGCAUUAUCAAGAUAUUAAGCUCUGUUUUUAAAAUCCUGGACGCCUAGCUGUGUGUAGUGGGAGAUGCCUAGCUGUGUGUAGUGGGAGAUGUAUCAAUUGUGUACAAGCUCAGAAAACGGCAUUCUUUGAUACUGCCAGUAAUUCUGUGCUUUACAUUAGAGUCUAAACUGGAUUUUUUAAAUUGUGGGAUUGGCUAUUGUUAGGACAUUGGCAGUCUGAUCUUCAUCAAAAGAGCCUGAAACUGCCCAUAGUCCUGAUGCAUGUCUAAAACCAGUGUGCCUGUUUAGAGGAGGGCCGGUCCAGUUUACUUCUAUUCUGAGUCCAUUUAAACAGAAUGGUACUGGCGCCCUACACUGCUGGCCAGUGUGGGACAGAUAGUAUUUCUACAGCUUUGUAUAAAAUAUUCCCUUUUUAUUAUGCUUCAGCCUGCAGCAGAAUACAAAUUAACUUGAAAACAAAUCAGCUAUAUGUAUAUUAUUUGUUUGCUCAACAAGAGGAUAUAAUUUACCAUGUAAUUUCAUAGCAAUAUAGCAUAAUGUUCUCUCGUCCAUUUAAAUGAAGAGUAGAAGGGUUCUAAAUUACACUCAAGUUGCAACAAAAUCCCCCAGUUGUUUAGAUUGAUUCUGUGCUGUGAUGGACAUUGUAUUAAAAAGGUGUUGGGAACCACACUUCUACAAAUUCAACAACUCUUUUUCUCUUACUUUUAAAACAGCACAAGCAGAGGGACUCUGGUCAUGCGUGCUUUAAUUCAAUUACAAAACCAGUUUCUUUAGGAAUGACCAGCCUUUUCCUACUACUGAAUGCAGUUUGCCCUGGGGAUCUUCAGAUUACUUUUCUCAUUGAAGCAUCUGCUUGAGAAAUGGUUCCAUUGACCCCCUUUAGCCUUUUCUGAUAUUGCACCCUUGUUCAUCCCUUUUAAAAACCACUAUAAUAAUGAUGCAUUGUGAUUAAUCAAUAACUUGGAACUUUGGUGUGGACGCAGGAGGCUUUGGAGAAUGAGGGUGUUUUAUUGCUGUUCAGCAGCUAAGGAAUGAUGAUCAGUAGCUUCUGCCAUGUCUCUUGUGACCACUGCUUGCUGUGUUCGCCCUCGGUCAAGACCACCUGUUGGUAUUGUGCCAGCCGCUCUCUGUAAUGGCUGUGCCCUUGGGGUUGGAAUGUGUAGAAAGAGAGUUCAGUUCAAUAGCAGUCUUGUUUUCCUUUUCAGUCCCUUCAUUACUCGUUCCCGUGGUGGUUUUGACAAGAGGCUGGCUAAUCUCGGUUUUAGAUUGCCAGCUACUCCUUUCUAGGGUACAGAGAGAGCCUGUUGUGUAAAAAUAAAUAAUAAAAUUGAACUGCUGUUUUUA